AGCGGGUGUGGACAGAGUCAGCCUCAGUGAACGGCGGGAAUGGCUGACCGUGCGGCGCUCGAGGAGCUGGUGCGGCUUCAGGGAGAACACGUGCGGGGUCUCAAGCAGCAGAAGGCCAGCGCAGAACAGAUAGAGGAGGAGGUGGCGAAACUGCUGAAGCUAAAGGCACAGCUGGGCCCUGAUGACACCAAACACAAGUUUGUGCUCAAAACCCCCAAGGGCACAAGAGACUACAGUCCCCGGCAGAUGGCAGUUCGAGAGAAGGUGUUUGAUGUCAUCAUCCGCUGCUUCAAGCGCCAUGGUGCAGAAGUAAUUGAUACACCUGUGUUUGAACUGAAGGAUUUUGACAUCGCAGGGCAGUUUGACCCCAUGAUCCCUGAUGCCGAGUGCCUGAAGAUCAUGUGUGAGAUCCUGAGCUCACUUCAGAUAGGCGACUUCCUGGUCAAGGUUAACGAUCGGCGCAUCCUGGAUGGAAUGUUUGCCGUCUGUGGAGUUCCUGAUGCCAAGUUCCGGACUAUAUGCUCCUCGGUGGACAAGCUGGACAAGGUGCCCUGGGAGGAAGUGAAGAAUGAGAUGGUGGGAGAAAAAGGCCUUGCCCCCGAGGUGGCCGACCGCAUUGGUGACUACGUCCAACAGCAUGGUGGAGUGUCCUUGGUUGAGCAACUGCUUCAGGAUCCUAAGCUGUCUCAAAAUAAACAGGCCGUGGAAGGCCUGACAGACCUCAAAUUGCUGUUUGAGUACCUGACGCUGUUUGGCAUUAAUGACAAAAUCUCCUUUGACCUCAGUCUUGCUCGAGGGCUAGACUACUAUACUGGGGUGAUCUAUGAGGCAGUGCUGCUACAGACCCCAGCUCAGGCAGGGGAAGAGCCCUUGGGUGUGGGCAGUGUGGCUGCUGGAGGGCGCUACGAUGGACUGGUGGGCAUGUUCGACCCCAAAGGGCGCAAGGUGCCCUGUGUGGGACUCAGCAUUGGAGUGGAACGGAUCUUCUCCAUCGUGGAGCAGAGACUAGAGGCUUUAGAGGAGAAGGUGCGGACCACCGAGACUCAGGUCCUUGUGGCAUCCGCACAGAAGAAGCUUCUGGAGGAGAGACUGAAGCUUGUCUCUGAGCUGUGGGAUGCUGGAAUCAAGGCUGAAUUACUCUACAAGAAGAACCCAAAGCUACUGAACCAGCUGCAGUACUGUGAGGAGGCGGGCAUCCCACUGGUGGCCAUCAUUGGCGAGCAGGAGCUCAAGGACGGGGUCAUCAAGCUGCGUUCGGUGGCCAGCAGGGAAGAGGUGGACGUGCGGAGGGAAGACCUGGUGGAGGAAAUCAGAAGGAGAACAGCCCAGGCCCCCUGCGCCUGCUGAAGAGAGCCACCUUUCAGAGGAAGGAAAGUGCAGCUGGCACUAUUUGAGGCAAAGACAAAACUGCAUCUGCAUUAGGACAGCUCCGUGCCUCCAUGUGGCUGCAGGAAGACCUGAGUGACUAGCAGACACUGUUCUACGAUUACUUUAUUGUUAAUGCUUGGCAAAAACAGCCAGGAUCUCUGGCACUUUCCACAGAAGGCCCCUGGGGAUGAGUCCAGCAUGCACCCCUGGCUCCCCUGAGGUGGCCUCACCUGGGCGCCACAAAAGCAGAUGCAGCCCCAGAGCCAGCUGCCAAAAGUCCAAUAAAAUGACUCAACCACUAA